AUGACUUCUCCACCAAGUUUCGAUUUGGAAAAGAUCAAAGCAGAAUCUGAUGGCAGUUACUCGCUGAUAGCCUCACUGGCAUUUAAUGAAGUGGUUGUAAACAAUCCUUACUUUGCUGCUGGUGGUGGGCUUAUGCUUCUUGGAACCGGUCUUGCAUUGGCCCGUCUGGGAGUAUCCAAAGGUGCCCUGUUUUUAUACCGUCAAAUGUUGGUAGACUUGGAGAUACCUUCCAAAGAUAAGCUGUAUUUGUGGUUCUUGGAAUGGAUGAGUCAAUAUAAGAACCGUUCGUCUCGUCAUUUAUCAGUAGAAACAAAUUACAUCCAACACGACAAUGGAGCUGUUAGUACCAAGUUUAGUUUGGUACCUGGACCAGGGAAACAUUUACUUAGAUAUAAGGGUGCCUUCAUGCUUGUGAAUAGAGAAAGAUCGGGAAAAUUGUUAGACAUGACAAACGGUGCACCAUUUGAAACUGUGACGUUGACCACGUUGUAUCGGGACCAAUAUUUAUUCGGAGAGAUGUUAGAAGAAGCCAAAAAGAUAGCCUUAAAAGCUAGAGAGGGGAAAACAGUGUUAUAUACUUCAUGGGGACCAGAAUGGAGACCAUUUGGACAACCGAGGAAGAAGAGAAUGUUGGAGUCUGUGAUUUUGGACUCCAAUAUCCGCCAAUCCAUUGUUGAUGAUGUACAAGAUUUCUUGAAAUCAGGAGAUUGGUACCAUAAACGAGGCAUUCCGUAUAGAAGAGGCUAUUUACUAUAUGGACCACCAGGUAGUGGGAAGACGUCGUUCAUUCAAGCGUUGGCUGGAUAUUUGGAUUAUAAUAUUUGUAUUUUGAACUUGGCCGAAAGCAAUUUAACUGAUGAUCGAUUGAACCAUCUAAUGAACCAUUUACCCGAUCGGUCACUCUUGCUAUUGGAGGAUGUUGAUGCUGCCUUCAAUAAGAGAGAACAGACUGAAGAGAAGGGAUAUUCUAAUGCGGGUGUUACCUUUAGUGGGCUCUUAAAUGCAUUAGAUGGGGUUGCAUCUGCAGAGGAAUGCAUAACGUUUAUGACCACCAAUCAUCCGGAAAAACUUGAUCCUGCGUUACUCAGACCUGGAAGAGUGGAUUUCAAGGUGUUGAUCGACAACGCCAGUGAAUUCCAAGUGGAACAAAUGUUCCUUAGAUUCUAUGAUAAUGAACAUGAACUUUGCCAACAGUUCUUGCACAAGAUGCGGCAAUUGAAGAUCUCCAAAGUCUCAACAGCUCAAUUACAGGGACUCUUUGUGUAUAAUAAGGAUGAUCCGCAAGGUGCUAUUACCAUGGUGGAAACCUUGGGUGCUCCCAACACACACUCAUUCUAG